GCUGGCGUAUGGUGCCAAUUGAUGCACCUAUCAAUCAAUAUGGGGUAUAAAAUCGAUUAGUUAUUGUCGCAUAAACGCAUGUCUGCAUCACCUCUGUGUAGCAUUGAACAACCCGUGCUAACUAAUUUUGAGAAGAAUAUAUAUUUUACGCUCCUCUACACAGUCUCGUUCAAGUUUUUAGUUUUGAUUUAAUAUAUAGGCCUAGGCCUGGAUAGGCUUCGAUUUUACGCAUGGCAGUGAAAGGUAGAAUGUGGGUAUCGUGAUGCCAAUAACGGCUCAAUACCCCAUGGAAUCAUUUUGGAUACCGUGUCAACCAACUGGCACGGACACCAAAGCCUAAACACACCCACACAGGCAAUGAGUAGAUGGACAGAAUGAGUUGUCUCUCCUUCCUCCUCCUUUGCUUGACUUCGGUUGCCAAUGGCAACAAAGCCAAUAAGCACAAGCCAUGGAUCGAGACGGAGUACCAGGGUAUUGUCAUGGAGAACGACAACACCGUUCUUCUCAACCCACCACUGUUCGCCCUGGAUAAAGACGCUCCACUGCACUACGCAGGUGAGAUCUGUGGCUUCCGGGUGCACAAUGGGCCCUCGGGAUCCAGUUCGGUCCAGUUUGAGGCGGUGGUUCUGGACCGCUCGACAGGGGAGGGCCUGGUCCGCUCUAAAGAGCCAUUGGACUGUGAGAGCCAGCGGGAGCACAGCUUCACCAUCCAGGCCUAUGACUGUGGAGAGGGCCCCGAUGGAGCCAACAGCAAGAAGUCCCACAAGGCCACGGUGCAUGUACGUGUGAACGACGUAAACGAGUUCUCCCCAGUGUUCGUGGAGCGUCGCUACGAGGCCUCCGUCCCAGAAGGCCGUCUGUUCGACCACAUCGUGCGCGUUGAGGCCCUCGACGCAGACUGCUCCCCGCAGUACAGCCAGAUCUGCUUCUACGACAUCAUCACCCCCAACGUUCCCUUUGUCAUCGAUAACGAUGGUAACAUUAAGAACACAGAGCCAUUGGAUUCGAAGCGCCAGCGUGUCCACACCUUCUGGGUGACCGCGUUCGACUGUGGCAAGAACCGAGCUCAGGCCGACGCCCAGGUCGUCGUCACGGUCAAACCAUCCUGCAAACCCGGCUGGAUCGGCUGGUCGAAGCGGGUGGAGUAUACCCCCGGGUCAGGCAGCAUUCCCCUGUUCCCCAGUUUGCACCUGGAAACCUGCGAAGAGACUGUGUGGAACAUCCAGGCCACCGUAGAGCUGCAGACUGGCCAUAUUGGGAAGGGCUGUGACAGGGACAGCUACUCAGACCGAUCAGUGCGCAGACUCUGUGGUGCUGUGAGAGGUGAAGUGGACUUACUCCCGCCCCCGUCCCCAGCAGCCAAUUGGACCUCAGCCUUGCCCACCCUCCCUUCUUCUGAUUCAUCCCUGGUGUUCUCCUUCAAUGGCUCCACCCAUGUUGCCAUGGUACCCGACUCUAUUGCCGCAGCCGUAUCUGGAGACCAUUUCACCCUCCAGCUGUGGAUGAGAAGGGGUGGGAUCAACACCCAGCCUCCGACUAAUCAGGCCAGAGGAAACCGCAGGGAGGAGGAGACUAUCGUCUGCAGUACCGUCAAGAAUGGUCAGUCAAAUGACGACUCCUUCUCCCACUACUCUCUCUCUGUUCACGGCUGCCGUCUAUCUCUUUUCUACUGGCCCGACGUCUCCGCUGCGCGGCCCGUAAAAUUCCUCUGGAAACUGGAGCAGGUGUGUGACAGUGAAUGGCAUCACCUGUCCCUCAGUGUCCAGUUCCCCUCUGUGACACUGUACGUGGACGGAGUCACCUUCGACCCCGCCCUCAUCCACGACAACGGAGCCAUACCCAACCCUGCCCCACGACAGCGACUGGUCAUAGGCGCCUGCUGGGAGACAGAAGAUAAACAGAAGGACAUCCUUAACAACACCAUCCCUGAGGGGAAAGACACAGGGAAGUAUGUGGGUGGCUACCGUGGCCUGUUGUCAGGGGUGACGGUGCGGCCAGGGAGUGUGGAGCCUCACAGUGUGGUGGAGUGUCUGUACGCCUGCAGGGAGGGGCUGGACUUUGGGGACUUGGAGACCUUGGGCUCAGGCAUGAAGGUGCAUGUGAACCCCAGUCAGUCUGUGCUGGUUCUAGAGGGUGAUGACAUUGAGAGCUUCAACAGGGCCGUGCAACAGGUCACCUACAGGAACUCUCUCCGCUUCGCCACCCCUGGAGUCAGGCCACUCAAACUGACCACCUCACUCAGGUGUUUCAAUGAGGAGAGUUGUCUUACGCUCAGGCAGUUGGAGGGCUACCUGGUGGUCCUUCAGCCCGAUGCCCCUCAGAUCUCCCUGUCUGGGGUCGGCCCCCACCUGGCCCGCCCCGCGCCUGAAUUUGAGGGCCCCCGUGGUGUACCCCUCUUCCCAGAGCUGAGGAUCGUGUGCUCCCUGUCUCAUGCUGUUAACACAGCCGCUCAGGGCAUGGAGGGAGGAGCUCUGAUGUCAGACGCCGUGGCCCACACUCUGGACGGCUGUGAGGUCCAGCCCCUGGGGGAGGAGCUAAACCCAGAGAGGGAGGAGCUCCUGGUGGACAUGGAUGCCCUGAGAGAGAGGGGUCUGGAGAUAAUCAACACCACUGCUUACAUCGCCAUCACAGGAGCUGAGUCCAUCUCCGUGUAUGAGGAUGUCCUUCGGUCCGUCCGUUACCGGCUGGCUAAAGGCUCGGCCCGCUUUGAGAGGCGGUUCCGUCUGUCCUGCUCCGAGAUGAAUGGCAGAUACACCAGCAACGAGCUCACACUGGAGGUGAACUUCCUGCACUCCCUGGACAGUCUGUACCACCCGUCUCACCUCCUGGCCUCCCAGCAGCAGUUUCUUCACCCAUCUCACCACUCUGGGGAGCUGAGUGGACACACCCUGCCUAACCCCCACCGCAACUCGGUGGUGCCAGGAGCGGCCACAGUCAUCAUCAUGGUGUGCGUGGGCUUCCUGGUUGUCAUGGUGAUCCUGGGAGUGUUUCGAAUCCGCUCCAUCCACCGCCGUGGCGAGGGCACCGGGGGAGGGUCUAAGGAGGAUAGCGGCCAAUGGGAUGACUCUGCCCUCACCAUCAUCGUCAACCCCAUGGAGUCCUAUGAGUCUCGUAUGGGCAUCUCAGCUGACACCGAAGGUGAGGGGGAGGAGGACGAGGAAGUGGUGGAGUCACCCGAUGACGCCAACGACGACCAGCGAAUCAUCAUCAAGAAAGAGGGCAGAGACGGCAACCCCCGUCGCUACUAAGCCAAUCGUCUCUCUCUCUCUCUGGAAGCACUCAUUUCCAUGGAAACCACAAAACGGCUCGCCACUCACCUCAAAGUGUUUAAAUAUCGAAAACUGCUGACACCUCUAGUCUAUGGAAUGUAAAAGUACAAUAACGCACACUGUAUUUCCGCAACACCACAGCACCAUUAGUGGUCUAUAGCCAAUAACAGGGCAUUGAAUCUUUCACCACGUAAAUGUUCUACGGCACAAUAUAUACAGUAUACUCUAACCGCCUGACCAAAACAACCAACAAAAAUUGUAUGUGGUGCACUAAUUCCUAACUCACAGGGAAUUGACAUUGUCCUGGAAGUCUGUGUGAGACAGGCUGGACCGAGGCUACAUAACUUAGAUGUGAAGUUAGGAUUGUAUAUGUUUUACUAUUUCUAUAUCACACUUCAGACACCUUUGCCCACCACACAAAAUGAAUAUUGAAGCAAUCGAUUCACACAAAGCCUUGUGUGGGCUCUUCACAUAUAGACACAAACCCUGAUCCUGACGCUAUCCCACACACCUCUAGAUUUAAUCUAGUUGUCUUUUUGCUGCACAAUCUCUCUCUCUUGCUCUUUCUCUCUCUAUACAUUCCUCAACUUCCAAAAACAUGCCCCCCAGAUCUGACUCCAGCUCAGUUCCACAUUCAUAGUAACCUUAAUAUAGAAAUACAUACAAUUAUAGGGUUCUAGCUGAUUUUUACACACUAUGUACGAUGUGCUUCACAAUACUGUAUGUGAUGUGCUAAAUUAGAUCAAAUAAAUUGUCGACGCAAAAGUGUACAUUUUCAGAACUUUCCUUUUGUCGGGGUAGACUUUUAAAUGUGAAAUCGUAUUGCUUGGUAGAACCCUUUCAUUGUAAAGUUUUGCAAGACAACCAAACAGGCUGAUGAUAAGGGCAUAGAGUAACCCCUGACCCUCACCACAACCCCAGUGACUCGACUGAGCGCCCCCCCCACAC